AUGUGGAGAUUGGAACCCUCUUAUGGUGCUUGUGGGAAGCCUGCGCGAGCUCAGAAGCGGUCGGCCUCUCUAGAGACGCCAUGGUACCGGCUCCUGUCAGCCGACGCGCGGGCUGCGACCCCCCGGGGCCGGACCUGGGGCUGUGUACGUGGGGCCCACCAGCGGGCUGGGCCGCCGCUCGGCCACGGCUGGGUCGGGGGCCUGGGGCUGGGACUGGGGUUGGCGCUUGGGGUGAAGCUGGCCGGUGGGCUGAGGGGCGCUGCCCCCGCUCAACCCCCGGGCCCCGACCCCGAGGCGUCGCCUCAGGCCGAGCCCCUGGAGCAGUCCCUCGCCCCGCGGUCUCAGCAGACCCCGGCGCCUCCCCACUCCCGGGCUUUCGCCAGGGCCAUUGAGAGCAGCCGGGACCUGCUGCACAGAAUCAAGGACGAGGUGGGCGCGGGAAUAGUGGUCGGAGUUUCUGUAGAUGGAAAAGAAGUCUGGUCAGAAGGUUUAGGUUAUGCCGAUGUUGAGAACCGUGUGCCAUGUAAACCAGAGAGUAUGAGAAUUGCCAGCAUCAGCAAAAGCCUCACCAUGGUUGCUCUGGCCAAACUGUGGGAAGCAGAACUGGAUCUUGAUGUUCCAGUACAGCAUUAUUUUCCUGAAUUCCCAGAAAAAGAAUUGAAGGUGAAAAGGUUUUCUGUCACAACAAGAUUACUAAUUUCCCAUUUAAGUGGAAUUCGUCAUUAUGAAAAGGACAAAAAGGUGAAAGAAGAAAAAGCUUAUAAAGCCUUGAAGAUGAUGAAAGGAACAAGGGCAUCUGAUCAAGAAAAAGAAUUGAAAGAAAAAGGAAGCAAAAGUAAUGAAAAGAAUGACUUUGCUACUAAGAUGGAACAGGAUAAUGAAUCCAAAUGUCGAAAACAUGGCAAGAAAAAAAAUGAUUUUGAACGUGAAUUAUAUUUGAAAGAAAAAUUUGAAAAUUCAAUUGAAUCCCUAAGAUUAUUUAAAAAUGAUCCUUUGUUCUUUAACCUGGUGAGUUCAGUUUUGUACUCAACUUUUGGCUAUACCCUACUGGCAGCCAUAGUAGAAAGAGCUUCAGGAUAUAAAUAUUUGGACUAUAUGCAGAAAAUAUUCCAUGACUUGGAUAUGCUGACAACUGUGCAGGAAGAAAAUGAGCCAGUGAUUUACAAUAGAGCAAGAUUUUAUGUUUACAAUAAAAAGAGACGUCUUAUCAACACACCUUACGUGGAUAACUCCUAUAAGUGGGCUGGUGGUGGAUUUCUAUCUACAGUGGGUGACCUUCUGAAAUUUGGGAAUGCAAUGCUGUAUGGUUAUCAAGUCGGGCUGUUUAAGAACUCAAAUGAAAAUCUUUUACCUGGAUAUCUCAAACCAGAAACAAUGGUUAUGAUCUGGACACCAAUCCCUAACACAGAGAUGUCUUGGGAUAAAGAGGGUAAAUAUGCAAUGGCAUGGGGUGUUGUGGAAAAGAAACAAACAUAUGGUUCUUGUAGGAAACAACGGCAUUAUGCUUCACAUACUGGAGGUGCAGUGGGUGCCAGUAGUGUCCUGCUAGUCCUUCCUGAAGAACUGGAUACAGAGGUCAUAAAUAACAAAGUUCCUCCACGAGGAAUAAUUGUUUCCAUCAUAUGUAACAUGCAAUCUGUUGGCCUCAAUAGCACUGCUUUAAAGAUUGCCCUGGAAUUUGAUAAAGACAGAUCAGAGUGAUACCUUAAUACCACAGGCGCAAAAUGAGCUGUUCUGUUUUUUGAAUCAUUAAAAUUCCAAAAUAUAUGAGAUUUUUAAGACUAAAUUUGUAAUAGACUUCAAUGGAAUGCAGAAAAUUAUGUACCUCUAAUUGCUUAAUUUUGUAAUUGUCCUUUAUUAUAGAAUUUGUUCUUUACACUCAGGGAAAUAACUAUAGUUUCUACUUUUUGAAAAAAGUGUUGACUCUUGAAAUAAAAUAUUCUGAUAAAAAGAUGUACUUUUUGAAUGUGUAAUGAGAAAAUCUCAGCAGGAGCCUCUGUAUUUUACCUUUUAAUAUGACAGCUGAAACAAGAUUAUGAGAAUUUGUAUAUCAGUUCUCUAUUACAUCUUAAAAUAGCAAACAUUUAUCAUCUCACAGUUUCUGAGGCUCAGGAAUUAAGAAGUAAUAUUGUUGGGUCUUUUGCAGAGUCUCCAGCAAGGUUGCAGACAAGGUAUUGUGGUUUUCUCAAGGGUUCUCUGAAACUAGAGGAAAUACUUCCAAGAGUCAGUCCUGUGACUGAUAAGUGGGAUGAGGCCUCAGUUUUGUCACUACAAGGACCUCUCUGUAGGGCUGCUUGAGUAUCUUAAUGUCAUGGCAGCUGGCUUCCCCCAGCAAAUGACAGAGCGCAUACAUGAGCAAAUGUGAGCACAUCAGGCAAAAGUCAAUAUAUUUUAUAAGCUAGGCUUGGAAGUCACACCAUCACAUUUGCCAUAUUUUGGAGGUUACAUGGGACCCAAUACAAUGUUGACCAGACUACAUGAAGUAUAAAUACCAUGAGUUGUAGGGAUCAUUGGGAGUCAGCUUGAAUGUUGGCUGCCACAGUUUGAUGUCUGGUCUCCAUUCAUUUAUGUCAUUCCCACAUGCAAAAUAAACUUAUCUCCCAAGUAAAUCUUCCAGGUUUCACCCCAUGUUAGCAGCAGCAUAGAGCCCAACAUCUUAUCAUCUAAAUCAGGUCUAAAUGUGAAUAAGUCUCCUUGGGAGUAGUUCUGGUAUAGUUCCUUAAGUAUAGUAAUUCAAGUACAGUUCCUUUUGAUAUUAAGACCUGUAAACAAGACAAGUAUUUGCUCUCCACAGGCAUACCAUAUAAUGGCACAACAGAUGUAUAGUUACUGCUAUAGUCCCUCCUGUUCAAAAAGUUUUGAAAGGGAAUCCAUGGCAACCCCAAAAAUCCUCUGGCAACUAAGUUGGCAGCUCCUUGAUUAGUACUUAAGGCUUGAUUCUUGACUGUUUUCUGGGCUCUUGGUUCAGCUGUUAUUCUUCAUUCAUGUAAGGUAGCAUGUGUUUCUAGCUGAAUGGUAUUUCUCAGCCUAUUUCCUACUUGUUAAAGGUGGGAGGGCCAAAGGUCUCUUUAUCUGCCCUUUCAGUCUAAUUAGCAGUUUUUCUGCCAAUAUAAUAUUUUUAAAAGCGAGUAUCCUGUUAAUCUUACUGCAGUUUAUGCCAGUAGACAAAAUCUACCCAAAAUCCCCUUCAAAAUAAGCCUCUAAUUUGGAAUUACCUUGAGAUCAGGUUUUCCUGGAAGUGUUCUAGAUUUUUAUCUUCACCUUAAAGCCAUUUCUUAAUUUAAGCAUCAUUUGUCAUCUGAAGAUAGAAUUUUAAAAACCAAUUAUUUAUUCCUUUUUAUUCAUUUAUUUCCUUUGUCUUAUCUCUUGCAUGUUGGUAUAAACAGCAAGAACCAAGGAGGCACAUUCAACAGAGUCUGGAAAUCCCCUUUAGAUUACCCAGUUCACGAGAACUUUCUGUGCUACUGCAAGCAACAGUGUUGCUACACUUUCUGCUACUAUACAACCAGAACUACCUUUCCUCUAAUCUCUAAUUAAAGAUUUUCGUUACUUUCCUUAAGUUCACAUCUGUAGCAUCCUCAAAGCCUAUAUCAGUUUCUUCAAGGCUCUUCAGGUUUUCACUAUCACUCUCUUUAAAGUCCUUCCAGCUUCCAUCCACAGCUUUGUUCCAGAUUCGCGUUAUGCAUAUAGAUGUGUGUGUGUGUGUGUGUGUGUGUGUGUAUACAAUUCAGAUAUAAUGCACACUUAUUACCACAAGACUCACCCUUUUAAAAAUAGUGAUUUUUAGUAUAUUCACAAGAUUACCAUUAUCCAAUUCCAGAAUGUUUUCACCCAGAAAAGAGUUAUACCUAUGAGCAUUUGCUCGCCAUUCCUCUCUCCAUCCAGCACCUAGUAACCAGCAACUUAGUAUGUCUUUGUAGUUUUCAAUUAUGAUUUGUAUAUAUACAAUAUGUGGUCUUUUGUGUCCAAACUUUUUCAUUUAGUAUAGUGCAAAUUAUCUAUUGCUGCAUUAAAAAAAAGUACCCCAAAAUUUAAUAUCCUCUCAUGGUCUCUGUGUUUUAGAGGUUUGGAAGCAGCUUAACUGGGUGGUCCAGCUCAGUCUCAUAAGGUUGCAGACAAAAUGUCGACAGGGUUUCAGUCAACUGAAAACUUGACUGAAACUGGAGCAUCUGAUUUUAAAGUGGCUCACUCACAAGGCUAUGGGCAAGAGGCCUCUCUUACUGGGUUUUGGCAAGAGGUGUCAGUUUCUCGUCACUUGGGCUUCUCCAUAGCUUCUCUUAACUGUAGUAUGGCUUCCCUCAAAGUGAAUGAAGAAAGAACCAGGCAAAAGCCAGUGUUUUUAUAAUCUAGCCUUGGAAGUCAUUUUAUUCAGAGAUCAACCCUGACUUACUGUGGGAGAGAACUGUACAAAGACAUGAACACCAGAAGCUGCAAAUCACUGGGAGCCAUCUAGGACUGGCUCCUCAGAUGACUUAUUAUAGUGUUGACAUUGGAAUAUUUUGUUGUCACAGCAUAGAUGAAUCCUAGUGAUUACCACUAUACAACUAAAGUCAGGAAAACUCAAAAAGAAGUCAAAGUUCUGCACACUCUAAUUAGUACGUUUCACAAGUUCUGAGCCCUAAGUUCUUCACUUUCAGAAGUGAAUUUCCAGGUUGGUUUAAGUGUAAAGAGUGUCUCACUGUAUCAGACCCAUUUCAUCUCCUUAUUUCUCCUGAUUUCUGUCUCGUAUUACUGUUUGCCAAAUUAUUCAAUCAAUGUCCUCCUUGAAAAACAUAAAAGUCACACCUUCCCUUAAAGCUACUUUAAAAUUUAAAUAUGCAUUAUUGUCACUAAAAAUCAAAAUAAUUGUUUAAAAGGUUUCUGAUAUUGAUAUAGCUUAUUGUGUGGUUGAGCCUUUGCAUAUAAACCAUAUAGUAGUUACUUUUAAGUUUUUUUAGAAUUCUUGUUGAAGCUCUAAGAGAUAUGAACCUUCUCAGAAAAUGAGGCAAUAUAUAAAUAUCAAGGGCUCACAAUAUAUAAAUAUCAAGAUCCCAAAUUUAUAAUUUCUCUUAGAUGUUUUUGCCACAAUAACUU